AUGAGAGGCAUUCCGCACCCCGCACUUCCCACGCUUCGCAGACACGGGCUUUGCUUUUUGCUUCUGCUGCUCAGCUGUGUGAUGACGCCGACUCGUGCAGAUGAUGGUGCCGUGUCUAUUAUGGUGCCUGCGAACAAAGAGGAGUGCUUUGUGGAGGACAUUCAUGGCGUUGGAGUGAAGGUGUUUCUUCACUACAUGGUGACAUUUGGUGGCGUGCUUGACAUCGACGCUGUCAUCUAUGGGCCGGACAACAGUCAUAUCUGGGACGCCCUCCGCGAGACGGAGGGACGUGUGCUCUUCAAGACACGCACGCCCGGUCGCCACCGCUUUUGCUUUUCUAACAAGAUGAGUACCAUCACCCAGAAAGUGGUGGCGUUCUCCAUAACAGUUGGGGACUCGGGGAUGGAGAGGAAUAAUGGCAAGCCGAAUACAGGACCGGAUCCGUUAGAACGAUCCCUCAUGCGUAUUCAGCAAGGACUGCGUGAGGUGCAGGAGGUGCAGCGGUAUCUCAGGGGUCGUGAGCGUGUGCACCGCGCGACAACGGAGGUGGCAAACACGCGUGUUGUUGUCUGGUCAGCGAUAGAAAUAUUAAUUAUUGCGUUCAUGGGUGCGGGCAAUGUGUGGUACCUAAAGCGCAUCUUCAAUAAGCGAAGAGUGGUAUAG